CGAUGGGGCGGGGGGACAGGGGGGAGGGGCGUCAAGAUGGCGGCGGGGAGGUAGGCAGAGCCAGACGCCGCUACUGCCGCCGCCGCCACCACCGCCGCCUCCGCUCCCGUCGCCUGUGGUUCUCCAAACUCUCGCCGCCCGGGAGAAGGUGUACCGGCGUCACAUCCCGCAAGGAAAAUGGUGGAGCCAGGACAAGAUUUAUUGCUUGCUGCUUUGAGUGAGAGUGGAAUUAGUCCGAAUGACCUCUUUGAUAUUGAUGGUGGAGAUGCGGGGCUUGCAACUCCAACACCUACCCCUUCAGUUCACCAGUCAGUGCCACUUAGUACAUUAGAACUAGGUUUGGAGACUGAAGCAGCAGUUCCUGUUAAACAAGAACCAGAGACGGUACCUACUCCAGCACUGUUAAAUGUUAGGCAGCAGCCUCCAUCUACGACAACAUUUGUGCUGAAUCAAAUAAAUCAACUUCCGACCUUGGGAUCUACAAUUGUAAUGACUAAAGCACCACCUGUAACAACGAAUAGGCAAACCAUCACUUUAGCAAAGUUUAUCCAGACCUCUGCAAACACACGCCCUUCGGUCUCAGUACCAGCAGUACGAAAUGCCGUGACCUCUGCACCUUCAAAAGACCAGGUUCAACUGAAGGACCUUCUGAAAAAUAAUAGUCUGAAUGAACUCAUGAAACUGAAGCCACCAGCUAAUAUCGCUCAGCCAGUUGCAACAGCAGCUACUGAUGUAAGCAACGGCACAGUAAAGAAGGAGUCUUCUAAUAAAGAGGUAGCAAGAAUAUGGAUAAAUGACAUGAAGAUGAGGAGUUUUUCCCCGACCAUGAAGGUUCCUGUUGUAAAAGAGGAAGAUGAACCAGAGGAAGAGGAUGAAGAAGAAAUGGGCCAUGCAGAAACCUACGCAGAGUAUAUGCCAAUAAAAUUAAAAAUUGGGCUACGUCACCCGGAUGCUGUGGUGGAAACUAGUUCUUUGUCCAGUGUUACUCCUCCCGAUGUUUGGUACAAAGCAUCCAUUUCUGAAGAAACCAUUGACAAUGGCUGGUUGUCAGCAUUACAGCUUGAGGCAAUUACAUAUGCAGCCCAGCAACAUGAAACAUUCCUACCUAAUGGAGAUCGUGCUGGCUUCUUAAUAGGUGAUGGUGCUGGUGUAGGGAAAGGAAGGACGAUAGCAGGAAUCAUCUAUGAAAAUUAUUUGUUGAGUAGAAAACGAGCAUUGUGUUUAUAUGGAAAAAUUUCUUCCAAACAUAAUGGGAGUGUGAAAAAGGGUGUGAUUUUUGCCACCUAUUCUUCCCUUAUUGGUGAGAGUCAGUCCGGCGGUAAAUACAAAACAAGGCUGAAACAGCUUCUGCAUUGGUGUGGCGAUGACUUUGAUGGCGUGAUAGUGUUUGAUGAAUGUCAUAAAGCAAAAAACUUAUGUCCUGUUGGUUCUUCAAAACCAACCAAGACAGGCUUAGCAGUCCUAGAGCUUCAGAACAAAUUGCCAAAAGCCAGAGUUGUUUAUGCUAGUGCCACUGGUGCUUCUGAACCACGAAACAUGGCCUAUAUGAACCGUCUUGGAAUAUGGGGUGAAGGAACUCCAUUUAGAGAAUUCAGUGAUUUUAUUCAAGCAGUGGAACGGAGAGGUGUUGGUGCCAUGGAAAUAGUUGCUAUGGAUAUGAAGCUUAGAGGAAUGUACAUUGCUCGACAGCUGAGCUUUACUGGAGUGACCUUCAAAAUUGAGGAAGUUCUUCUUUCUCAGAGCUAUGUAAAAAUGUACAAUAAAGCAGUCAAGCUGUGGGUCAUUGCAAGAGAGCGGUUUCAGCAAGCUGCGGAUCUGAUUGAUGCUGAGCAGCGGAUGAAGAAGUCCAUGUGGGGUCAGUUCUGGUCUGCUCACCAGAGGUUUUUCAAAUACUUGUGCAUAGCAUCCAAAGUCAAGAGAGUUGUGCAGCUGGCUCGAGAGGAAAUUAAGAAUGGAAAAUGUGUUGUAAUUGGCCUGCAGUCUACAGGAGAAGCCAGAACAUUAGAAGCCUUGGAAGAGGGCGGGGGAGAGCUGAAUGAUUUUGUUUCAACGGCCAAAGGAGUGUUGCAGUCACUCAUCGAAAAGCACUUCCCGGCUCCAGACAGGAAAAAGCUUUAUAGUUUGCUGGGAAUCGAUUUGACAGCUCCAAGUAACAACAGUUCACCAAGAGACAGUCCUUGUAAAGAAAAUAAAAUAAAGAAGCGGAAAGGUGAAGAAAUAACUCGAGAAGCCAAAAAAGCACGGAAAGUGGGUGGCCUCGCUGGGAGCAGCUCUGACGACAGUGGGAGCGAAUCCGAUGCCUCUGAUAACGAGGAGAGUGACUAUGCGAGCUCCAAGAACCUGAGUUCUGGAGAGGAUGACGACUUCAACCCGUUUAGAGAUGAGUCCAGUGAGGACGAUGAGGAUGAUCCUUGGUUAAUCAGAAAAGACCACAAGAAAAACAAAGAUAAAAAAAGAAAGAAAAGUAUAGAUCCAGAUUCUAUUCAAAGUGCCUUAUUAGCAUCAGGUCUUGGAUCAAAACGACCUAGUUUUUCAUCCACACCAGUUAUUUCACCUGCUCCUAACAGUGCACCAGCUAACAGCAACACCAACAGCAACAGCAGCCUUAUAACAAGUCAGGAUGCCGUGGAAAGGGCCCAGCAAAUGAAGAAAGACCUACUUGAUAAACUAGAAAAAUUAGCUGAAGACCUCCCUCCUAAUACCCUGGAUGAGCUGAUUGAUGAACUUGGCGGCCCUGAGAAUGUUGCUGAGAUGACGGGCCGCAAGGGGAGGGUCGUAAGCAAUGAUGAUGGAAGCAUAUCUUAUGAGUCAAGAUCUGAACUUGAUGUCCCUGUGGAAAUACUAAAUAUCACAGAAAAACAAAGGUUUAUGGAUGGAGAUAAGAAUAUUGCUAUCAUCUCGGAAGCUGCCAGCUCAGGUAUUUCAUUACAAGCAGAUCGGAGAGCCAAGAAUCAACGACGGCGAGUGCACAUGACUUUGGAGUUGCCCUGGAGCGCGGACAGAGCCAUUCAGCAGUUUGGACGAACUCAUAGAUCAAACCAAGUUACAGCUCCUGAAUAUGUCUUUCUAAUUUCUGAAUUGGCGGGAGAACAAAGAUUUGCAUCUAUUGUUGCUAAAAGACUUGAGAGUUUGGGGGCACUUACACAUGGUGACAGAAGAGCAACAGAAUCCAGAGAUUUGAGCAGGUUCAACUUUGACAAUAAGUAUGGAAGAAAUGCAUUAGAAAUUGUCAUGAAGUCCAUUGUAAACCUAGAUUCUCCUAUGGUAUCACCGCCUCCAGAUUACCCUGGAGAAUUCUUUAAAGAUGUUCGGCAAGGACUGAUAGGGGUUGGCCUGAUAAAUGUAGAAGACCGCUCAGGAAUUCUAACUCUAGAUAAAGAUUAUAACAACAUCGGAAAAUUCCUGAAUAGAAUUUUGGGCAUGGAGGUGCACCAACAGAAUGCAUUAUUUCAGUAUUUUGCAGACACACUCACUGCAGUUGUUCAAAAUGCCAAAAAAAAUGGAAGAUAUGAUAUGGGAAUCUUAGAUCUUGGUUCUGGAGAUGAGAAAGUGAGGAAAAGUGAUGUUAAGAAGUUUCUGACUCCGGGAUAUUCAACCUCUGGUCAUGUAGAGUUAUACACAAUUAGUGUAGAGAGAGGGAUGUCUUGGGAGGAAGCUACCAAGAUUUGGGCUGAGCUGACAGGACCAGAUGAUGGCUUUUACUUGUCACUGCAGAUAAGAAACAACAAGAAGACUGCCAUCUUAGUUAAAGAAGUAAACCCAAAAAAGAAGCUCUUCUUAGUCUAUAGACCAAAUACUGGGAAACAGCUCAAAUUAGAAAUUUAUGCUGAUCUAAAGAAGAAAUAUAAGAAGGUCGUCUCGGAUGAUGCCUUGGUUCACUGGUUAGAUCAAUAUAAUUCAUCUGCAGACACUUGUACUCAUGCUUAUUGGCGUGGCAAUUGUAAAAAAGCAAGCUUGGGAUUAGUUUGUGAAAUAGGUCUUCGUUGCCGCACUUAUUAUGUAUUAUGUGGCUCAGUACUGAGCGUCUGGACAAAAGUUGAGGGUGUUCUAGCAUCUGUCAGUGGCACAAACGUGAAAAUGCAGAUAGUUCGGCUGAGAACAGAGGAUGGACAGCGGAUUGUAGGUCUGAUCAUCCCUGCAAAUUGUGUGGCUCCUCUUGUAAACCUCCUGUCAACUUCAGACCAGUCUCAACAGCUUGCGGUCCAACAGAAACAGCUCUGGCAGCAGCGCCACCCCCAGAGCAUUGCCAGCUUGAGCAACGCAUAAGAACAGACAGGUUUCAACAUGGAUGUAUCUGAAAUGCUGUUGAAGCAUAUCAUUUGCAUAAAAAUCAGGGACAGUUUCCAAAGAAUUAUAAUUUUUUUCAGUUGUGCUCUCUCUAGUUAAUUUUUUUUGGGAAUAAGGACAAACCUGGAAUAGAUAGCAAAACUGAAAAUCAACAGUGCCGAUGGUGGUACAUAUGUCUUUCCUUUUGCUUUGCCCAUGGUACUUCCCAUAUGCUCCUACUUUGGGGGAGCAGAGGGGUGUGUGCGCGUGCGUGUGUCCGUCUGUUUGUUUGUUUGUGAGUUUGUUAAAGGCUACGAACCACAAUUGGUUUAAAAAUGCUUGGAACUUCCCAACUGGCUUUACUUAAUGUUCCACAGUGCUCAGGGUUAACGCAGGUCAUCCGUGCCAUUGCUGUGGGAGUUCUCCCCGGAUGCAUGUGUUUUGGGUCUAUAAAUAUAGAAAAUAUAUAUUGGUUUCUUUUUCCAACUUAUUAAACACUAGGUCUAUUAAAGCAUGAAACGAAAGGUUGCACAUCACACAUUCAGGUUCUUUUCUAGUUUCUGUUCUGACAGUGCAUGUCUUUGAAAGCAUGCGUAAACAAGAUUAACAGAUGUCACGUGACGGAGAGAAACAUUUGUAGGUGUAUAGCAUUGGUCACUGCAUUUUUAUAACGUUUAUACCUGGGUAUUGCUUCUAACCCCGUGACUCCUCUCCCCACCCCCAUUCUCCCUGUCCCAGGUUUCUUGUUAAGGUGAUAAGUACAAACAUUUUUUUUUGUGUGUGAUAAAACUCUUAAAAGUUAAUUUUAAUGUAUUAAUAGUAUUCCUAAUGAGUGCUGCAAAAACGGCUACAAGCCUGCUUUUUCUCAAAAUUCCAUUUUCCUUAACUUAAGAUAGUUUUAGAAAGAAGGACAACUCGGCUUCCAUUUUGCAAAUCAUCUUUUCUUACUUUAUUAUCUUAGUAUGUUGGUCGCUCAUAAAAAAGGAAACCAUACUUGAGCUGUAAAGUAGACAAUGAGGAAACACUUGAGGCUUCUGCUGUAUGUUUAUUUCUUGUUAUUAUUGUUACCUAGUAACUUGAAUAUUGUUUAAUGUGUUUGUAAGACAUUGUAGAGUUUAUCUCAAACUGUUAAAAAUGGUAAUGUACAAAUGUGAAUAGACACUUAUCUAUAAUAUGGGUAAGUUUUGUUUCGCCUAUAAUAGAUGUUUUAUAAAAACAAGUGAGGGGACAAUUGGUCUUUUUGUUCCUUUUUUUCCCUUUUUCUUUGCUUGCACAGGUUGCACUAUUGAAAAACUGAGAUUGUAUAAACCUGGUCAAAAGCUGCAAGAUACCACCAUCUUGUAGAUGUCAAAUAAAAAGUUGUUAUUCUAACCAGCAGUGGACUCUUGUUUAGGCCCCACCACCUCCAGAGGUAGUCUGACGGGGGUUCUGCAGAACUCGGGCGCUGCUCAGUGUGUCUCGGGUUUUAGAAUGAGAAGGUGUUGAGGGGUGAGAUGCCAGUACCUGUGAAUGCCUGUCCGGCUGAGUUGUUUUCCUUUGUAACCUUUCAGAUGCCUCAGAGCCAGGUGAGGUGGUGAUGGUGGUGGCAAGCUGGGCUUUUGUCCUCUAGUGUUUCUUCGCGCCUGAGUGGUUGUCAGUUCAGUUGUGUCACCUUUACCACAGGUUUGCUUUCUUUGGAUUCAUUUAUUCCUGAUGCCUAAGAGACAAAUGGAGAGUAAUUUCUGUUCUUCGGCAUAUUUUGCCCAGUGGAUGCAACUUUGAUCUUCAGUCUAGUCCCUGUAUCUCAGGCAGUGAUCCACAUGAAUGUUGGCCAAUCCCCUGUUAGGGCUACUAGAUCAACCCCCAGCCCGGAGCAGAAUUGCUUCACCUGCAGCAGCCUUCCCAGGUGUCCGUUUUAAACUAGCCCCCAUGCUAAGGUGAAACAGCUGGGACAGGAAACCUAACAACCCGGCCCCUCCAGUACGACCGAACGGCUGGGUUGAGGAGGGAGACACGGGCUGUAGGCCAGGCUCCCUGUUCUGUGUAUGGGUACCGAGCAGGUCACCGUGCUUCCCAGGCAGGUCAGGAUGAGGGUUCUUUAGCCUGCAGUAGUGGCCUCAUGGUUCAUGAUGUAAUGUUUGCUCUUGGAAUAGCUACCUGAUGCAAAGGGGCAGUCAGAUGUUCUGUUCUCGGUAGAACAGCUUCGUUUUGCUUUUUAUAAUAAGGUCCAGAAGUAAGGCCUCUGAAAAUUCAAAUAGAGUAGACCUCAAAAAGGCAGUACUCAGCAUAAGUGGAAGGGGCCUGAGGUGCCAUUCGCACCCCCUGCAUGGGGUGGUGUGCCAGAGCCUGCUGCCCAUCCCCCUUCCUGGAGGCGCGCAUAUGACCUUUACACUGUGCCCUUAGCCAAGUCAGCAAGUUCAGGUUGGCCAACUAUGGGAAAACCCAGCAUUCAAGGUCCUCCUCCGCCAGAACAUCAAGUCUGAAGCAGGCCCGUGUAUGUCAGGAUCUGAAUGCCCCGUCUGAACCCAGAGCCCCGGGGAUCUCUGUGAGUCCCCUUGGCCUCCGCAAUGCCUUUUCUCCCUUUUUAGCAAUACGACUCUGAGCACAAAGAUUGGCCUUCAACCACGGGAGUGUAUUCAGAGUUUACAGUGUCCAGAGCUGCUCAGACAGUACCUCGGGGGAAUUAGUGUUCCCUUAAGUUAGCACCCUCCGUACUACAAGGUCUAUCUUUGGUUUAGUGGGUUAUCCAGAUAGGUGUCAAUGGUGUGAAUUCCUAAAGGUAUUAACCAAGUACUUUAAACACAACUUGAUCAAAAAGUAAAUAUCCUAAGCAGUUUUCCCUUUCUGCUGCUAAAUUGCAGAUUCCCUCAUCAGUAUCUUAACACCCGUAUAUAAGUUAGCAAGAUCCUGCACCCAAAGCAAUGUAGUAGUGCGUGUAUGUAUAUAUAUUUAUUGCAGUCCAAUUACUUAGCACUUCAGAAACCUUUUUGAGUUGCAACAAUGUACCUUUUCGUUUUAUUUUGCCUCAUCCGUAAAAGUGAAAGGUCUAGAUUACCAAACUCCAGGGAAACAGCCUCUUUUAGAGACAGUUUCCUGGCUGGAGCCCCUGGGCAUUCGUUCGCUAAUGGCUGUGAUGCUAUUAGACAACUUGUGGCAGGCUUGACAGGAGAGGGUACCCGCUCAGCUCUUACAGUUGUGUAACGGGAGCCCUUUCCCUCCCGCUGAGCAAGAGGGGGGACAGCGAUAGAACAGAAAUGAUGGGUGCAUCCCAGGUGAUAAAAGUAGGAGCAGAGGCCAUGUAUUUUCCUGUCGGGCCCUUUUCUUGAUAUGAGAUUAAGAGGAAGGUCCCUAUCUGAACACCCUGGUUUUUAAAAAUGUACCUGAGGGAUAUUCAAUAGUUUCUAAGAAUGGUGCUGCCUGAGAGUCGCUGUUAGGCUGGGACCAUUAUCACAUGUUUGGUCAGUUCAGGCCUCGAGGUUAACAGUGGUAGCCACUGGGAUGAUGGGCACUUGUUGACUCCGCUCCCUGUGUCGGGGGUCUCCCUGCUAACACCACACCCAUGCACACGCACUGUGCACUCUUGGCUACUCGAGGUCUGCAGCUCACAGUCCAUGCCUACCUGGCCGCAGCUGUGAGCAAAAUCCAUUUGCAGAAAUUCCUCAUUGGCUGCCAGUGUCUAAUACAAAAGCAGUGUCUUGGAAGGGCAUGGAGGUGGAGGAAGCACAUCUAGACACCUGCCACUCAAGCUAGCUAGUCAUGCUUUCCCGAGUCCUUGAGGUGAAAUCGAGACCCACCUUCUCAUUUCAUGUUGUACUUAUACAUGUGUACAUAAGUGUGUAUAUAGAAAUGCUGAGCUCUUUCGAACUCUGAAUGUAAAUAUUUCUUGUAAAUUGAGACCCUUACCAACUGGUGUUCCCCUUUUCCCUUCAAUCCUAUUUAUUCUUUUCUUGACUUCCUAUGCGGGGCAUUGUAUAAAUUUUUUUUAAUGUAGAAAAGUAUGAAAACUUCUUAGUUGAAUUCAUUCACAUAUUUUAGAAUUCAGUUUUGCAUCUUUGCUAUGAAUUCCAGUGUGUGUUUUGUGUUAAUAUUUUCCAAUAUGCGAUUGUGUUUUGCAUUUUUAUUACAAAUUUUUACUGUGUGCAAUGCAUUGUAUUGGGGGAGGGGUGAACUUGAGUGCAAUUUCUGAUACUGUCAUUAUAUGACUAGUUCUGCUCAUUUAUGUUGCUCUUUGGAAGCUAUAGUGAGCCUGAUCUUUUCACAUUAAAAGAAAAAUUGUUCCCGAGAGUUCCUUUAAGCUCCUCUAACUUCUUCAGUGCAUUCGGAUCACACACAGCUCCGCAGCAAACCCAGCCACUUGCAGCCUUGCGCUUUUUCAGGCCUGCGCCCUCCCGCGGGGGCGGGGGAAGAGCCUGUAGACCUGCACACUGAGGUGUGUCCUGCUGCUGCUGCAAAUGUCCCGUGUUUCUCCAAGAAUCUGGGCCUGUUUACUAACCGACGGGGAUCAUCAGAGAUGUGCUUGCAGUGAGCACAGGUAACGUGCGUCUGCUCUCUCCUGAUAGAGAGAUUGGCAGCAGACAGGGAGACAAGCCCAGUGCAGCCCAUGUAUGUGGUGACGUGGCAUUGGGCAGGGCACAUUAAGGAACGGUGUCCUCCUCCCACAGAGAGCAACGAAACUGCUGUGGAGGCUUCCGGGAGCCAGGCAGUUCACCGAGGAAGGGUGAACUGCCUGGCUGUAGGUCUCCUGCAGUCCUGUCACCCUCGUUGUGCUGGUGAAUUGCUCCUGGCUAACUGAGCCACACUCUUGGGGGCCGAGCUGGAUCAAGGCUUCCUUAAUGGUUAGCGUUGGCAGCAGGGAGGCCGGGGUGACUUGUGAACCCACGUGUCAGGGUCUGUCACCCAGGAGGCAAGCAGUGGGUUUUUAUGAGCAUUUCAUGGGCCUUUCAUUCGUGAACACGUUUCAUUCAUUACUGUUGAACUUGGUAGACUUGUUGAGAAUGUCAAAGUUCUCUGCAUUUGGGAGACUUAGUGUGUCCUGGAGCAGGGCCUGAGGGAUAUGCUCCAGCAUGAAUGCCCUUCAACCACUCACCAGCUGUCCUCCGGGGCCAAGUGGUUGAACCGAGCUUUGCAGCAGCAGCAGCCAUGUCCUCGGCAGCGACGUGGCAGGGCGCAGGCAGGCUGAGGCUGUCCCUUCGUGUCGUCCACCAAGGGGCCAGCCUGGGGAAGCCAAGGCCUGAAGGUCACCCCGGCUUCCCCAGCGCCGCCCGGGCCUUUCUUGCUGUGGCACUGAAGAGGGUAAAGAAGCCUGGCCUUCCUGACUCCCCCUUGGGGGGCAGAGAGCUCGUUUUCUACGUAGCACGUUGACGUCUCAUCAUCAGACACAAACAUCCCGUCCAUGGUUUAGACUGAAUUUGCAAACUACUGAUGUUAUUUUCCAAUAACCACUUCUAUCUGCCAUCAACCCCGGGAGGCGGGAAGAGGCCCACGGUAUCUCUGCAAUAAAACUUCCACCAGGUUCUACCUCCGCUGAGCAAAGGAUACUUUUAUACGUAAGUGUAGACCUUCCUCCUUCGCUAACCCGACAUGGUGCGUCUUGAGACAACACGAUGGAGUCCAAAGACAAUUUGAACAGGAAGGUGGAUGUAAACUCUUGGCAUUGUUUUUCUUUCCUUCUCUUUUUUUAAGUCUCCCCUUUGAUACGGCUACUCCGUGUGAAUGUCCGUCUGUAUGUGAAGGUCCGCACUGUUCUGAUACUGCACUGCUUUGCCCGGCCUUCGUGGUAACCAGGACCCACCCGGUGUCCGGAAACGACUGUUCCCGCCGCUCUGAUGUGUAACUCUCCAAACUGGGUCUCAUGCAAUAAAAUGUAUCGGGCGGCAUUGAGCGAGGCUGACCUCGCCAGGAAAAACGAUCAACCAUGAAGCGUAACAAAUUCUGUGUCUAGCUGUUGUGGGUUUUCUUGUUUUGUUUUGUUUUGUUUCCUUUGGUUUUCUUUCUUUGUAAGAUUCUUAAAUAAAUUAAACCAGCUAAUAUA